AUGGGCUUAAAGCUUGGGCUGGUACUUCUUCCUCAGCGUCUCGCCGUACUUCUUGAUCAAGAAGGGUACGGGGACGAGAGCAAGAGAGACGAAGCCGAGCAAGCUGUUGCCCCAGCCGAUGCCGAGCUUCUCGUACAUUUCGAGGCCGGCGAGCGACCUGACGACGGUGUUGGCGGCGAGGGCGGAGGCGGCGUAGAUGGUGUAGGCGUCGACGAGGUACAUUUGCAGGGAAAGCAUGAUGAUGAGGAUGGCGAUGCCGAUGAAGACGUGGCUGAUGAUGGGGACGAUCCAGUGGAUCUUUUCCGGCGGGGCGAGACGGUACUCGGGCUUCAUGCCCUCGGAGGGAAUACCGGUCUCGGCGGCCUUGACCUCGGCCUCCGCCGCGCGUUUUUUGAUGUAGCGAUCCGAGGUGACGGAGAAGAAGACGACGCCAAUCAUGGAACCCACGCCGAGGCCGAGGAAGACGAGGCCGACGUUGGAGGCGGAGAAGCCGUAGGAGAGGGUGAAGACCUGGGUGAUGGAGGUGAACAUGAGGUAGAGGUAGCCGUAGACAACACCGAGGUAGAGGGCGAAGAUGAUGGAGAUGGGGUCGAACAUGAGGAGCUUGCAAGGGCGGACGAUGCUGUGGACAAAGAGGUCGCGCGGGGAGAGGCCGGUGUCGAGCUUGGAGCGGAGCAGAGGGUUGCCAGUUUCCUUGCGGAGGCGGGCCGCCUUGCGCUCGAGAAGGACGGGGGCAUAGGUCUCGCGCAUAAAGAUGGCCAUGCCGAUGGCGAGCACGGCGAUGGCAAUGGCGAGGACCCAGAAGAUCCAGCGCCAGCCCUCGGCGUCGGCAAGGAAACCUCCGGCAACGGGGCCGAUGAUGGGACCGAGCAGGGGACCGAUGCUGAAGAUGGCCAUGGCGACACCGCGCUUUUCCUGCGCAAUCAUGUCGGCGAUGGUACCGGCGCCGUUGGCGCCGAAGACGCCGCUGAGGAAGCGGAAUGCGAUGAGGGUGGAGAGGGAGGGGGCGAGGGCGCAGGCGAUGAUGAAGACUCCAAAGAGGAUGAGGGAGGCGAAGUAGACCCAGAGGCGGCCGUAGAUCUCGGAGAGCGGGGCGAAAGCGAGAGGUCCUGCGGCGAAACCGAGGACGUAGACGGAGACGACAAAGGAAGCGAGGAGGGGGCUGCGGCUCUCGAACUCGACCAUGAUUUGGGGCACACCGGGAGCAAACAUGGCUAUCGAACUGUUGGCAGGGUUCUCAGGAUCCUCGGGCCCGUCCCACCAAACAAUGUUUUCGUCGGCGACCUCGCCGUCCGAAACACCCUUCUCAGGGUCGGCCUCGGCCGCAUCUUGGUCCUCGCUGCCGGCGGGCGCAACGGCGGACGAGGUGGAGGUGCGGUGCUGGAGAGAGGCGCGGCGCUGCGCGGAGAUGGAUUGGCGCCGCCUCUUCUCGCCGCUCUCGUCGAGGACGUAGCCAAUGUUGGAGGGGAUGUCGGCGUCGUGGCCCUCGGCGAGGGCGAGCUCCGUCCUCUCGGCGAGGACCAAAAGACGCUGGCGUUUGCCCCGGCCAUUCCUCGCCGGGACAUGACUGCCAAGACGGACCGGACAGCCACCGGAGCGGGGAACUAA